UACGCUCGUCGGGAACGAACGAUCGAUCGACCGACCUGUCCGUACCAAUUCGAUCCCCUUCGUCCGACAUCCGGAAAGGACACGCGGCAUUGUUCCACGACGUGUCUCUAUUGCUACCAAUCCUUUACUGGCAAUACACAUCCAACAAACACAGAUACACAAACACACCCACACGCCUACCAACACUCUCGUUCCGCACGGCAUUCUUUCUCUCAUGAAGUUUGUGCGUUUGUUCUCACUGACGGUGUGUGUAUGGGGCUGCGCGGACGCGUUUGCUCCGCGGUCCCCAUCCCCCACACGGGAUGCGACGCGCUUGUUUAUUUCGAGUUGGGGCACCAAAGGACCUCCGUCUCGUUGGGCCGAAGCCGCGGAACAGCAGAAUCCUCAAACCAACCUGCAGAGUUACUUGAAGGAACCAGCGGCGGUGGAAGCCCGGGCCAACCUCGACGGCACCUGUCUCGUUUCCGGACUCGUGCGCUCGAAAGAACGCACCGAUCAGUUCGUCUUUGAUCUCCUCAAUCACGAAGAAUCCGCCUUUGAGUUCAAUCGCAUCGUCGCCUUGGUUCCGGACGCCAAGUUCGCCAAAAAGCGACUCCUCUCGCGCUCCGCAAGGUACACCGGACUCCUGGACAAGCUAGAAUUCGUCCAAGCCGAACAAGGCACCGACGCCGCCGUCGCUACCGAAGCGCAACUGGAAAACGUCAAGUCUUGGGUUGCCGUUUUGGACGCCAACGAUCGGGAUGAACAAGCGCAGGAUCUGUUGGAAACCUGCCGAGCGAUUAUCGCCGUUGCCCAAAAGGCCUCCGCCUUGGAGAAUAUUGCUAUUCUACUCGCCGGCGCCAACGAACUCGAAGCGACGGCCUGUCAAGCCGUCGUGGACGAACUCCAAGCCCUGCACGCGCAACCCGAAAGCCCCAAGACCUACACUCUCGUCGCGGUGGGGGCCUUGGAAGAACGUCCCGAAGGACAAACGGCCUACGCGUUUGCUGAUUUCGGCACCCCCGAAGCCGUCCUCCCGGCACAGGCCGUAUUCUCCCGCGAGGAAAGUCUCCGCUUCGUCACCGAACUAUUGCAACUCGAAGCCGGGGCCAACCGGGCCCUCGCCUUUGCCGAAGUCUACAACCAAAACAAGACGGAAGCCAAACUCGUCAAGGGACUCCGGCAAGCUGGCUACGCACGACCCCAAGAAAUCGAUCACAUGCUCCGGGAUGGACCAGCGGCGUACAAACAAGCCAUUCAGGACUUUUUGACCAAAAAUCCGGACGCGGCCAAGGGUUACACCACCACGGAUGCUUGGUGGGAGCAAGACAUUUACAAACAGAGUCGGGCGCGGACGGCCGAGCGCGAGGUGGAAAAGACCAAAUUCGCCCUCGACGAACGCACGCAGGAAGUCGAAGCCAUUGCCAAGGAAUGGGCCAAGCGAGAAUUCUUCCGGGUCAGCAUGGCCGGCACCGUCGACGCCGAUAUGACCGAAGACGAAUUCAUCGAAAGCUGCUGGGACCGGGCACUCUUUCAGGGUGAUCUCAAGUACCGACAAAUGAAGGGCGAAAAAAUGGACGAAGAAACAGAAUUGGCCACUUUUCAGUCGAAGCAGGAACGCAAACAAAAGGCCAUGCUUGAACGAGCCAAAAAGGAAUUGGCCGAAAUUAUGCAGGAAGAUUUGGACAAGGACGACGAUGAGGAUGACGAUGAUGAGGAUGACAAGAAGAAGAAGUAGUAGUAAACAGAGGGGCUAGAGACAGAAUCCAUUCGAAUGGAUAUCUUGAAAUUGGAAUGUGUACGUACGUACACACGUGUCAAGCGCAAUUAUUCGGUAGCAGUAGAAGGUAACAACUCGC